CUUGUUAGCGCCAAGACAGUCUCUCAAUCUUUCGGCGCGAGCUCAGCAACUUCAACCUACACUCGACUUGUCGCGCAUCACCCUUUGCACCCACCCACAUCGCGCGAUUAUACACACGGACCGGGCCGCGCAUAUCACCAAACAUCACAAGUUUCAGUGUCGCGCCGCCCAAUCACCGCCGCCAUGUCAGGCGCAGUCGCAAAGGGCAAGAAGCAGGUGAACAAGAACGCCUAUCGCCGGGCGAAGAAGAAGCAACAGCGUUCUGAGACACCGUCGGAGGCCGCUGACUCUGCGCGUGAGAGCGAAUCUCCCGCACCCGAAAGCGACAGCAAUAACGAAGCACAGGCGGUCAAGCCCGCGAACCUUCUCACCGUUGACGAUAUCGCGAACCAGUACGACCUCGACGACCCCGUGUUUGAGGAAUAUAAGAGCGUCUUCGAGAAGUUCAGGGAGCCGACCGAGGAGGAAGCGGCGACCAAGGACGAAGAGAAGCCAGAAAUUUAUCUUUCCGACGACGACAUUCCCGACGAGGACGAAGACGAUGGCAAGCCCAAGCUCUCCAAGAAGCAGCGGAAGCAGAUGAAUAAGCUGUCGGUCGCGCAACUGAAGUCACUGGUCCCCCGGCCUGAGUUGGUCGAGUGGACGGAUGUGUCAUCUUCAAAUCCACAGCUGCUCAUCUCCAUCAAGGGAGCGAAGAACGUCAUACCAGUCCCGACCCACUGGUCGCUCAAGCGCGAGUACCUCUCAUCGAAACGCGGUAUCGAGAAGCCCCCGUUCGCUCUACCCAAGUUUAUCCAGGAGACUGGCAUUGCAGAGAUGCGCGAUGCAGUUUUGGAAAAGCAAGCAGACAUGACGAUGAGGCAAAAGCAGCGAGAGCGCGUCCAAGGAAAGCUCGGCAAGCUCGACAUCGAUUACGCAAAACUAUACGAUGCUUUCUUCAGGCGACAGACGAAGCCAGAGUUGACGCGGUACGGCGAGGUCUACUACGAGGGCAAGGAGUUCGAGACCAAUCUCGUCAAUCUCAAGCCCGGCGAGCUGAGCGAGGAGCUCCGCGAGGCUCUCGGAAUGAUGCCAGGCCAUCCACCCCCUUGGCUCAUCAACAUGCAGCGCUUCGGCCCUCCUCCAUCCUACCCGAACAUGCGCGUCCCUGGUGUAAACGCUCCGAUCCCUCCUGGUUCCUCCUGGGGCUUCCAGCCCGGCCAAUGGGGUAAGCCCCCGAUCGAUGACGCUGGCAAGCCACAAUUCGGAGGCGAUCUGUAUGGAACAGCCAUAUUGGAAGAGCAACAACAGCCUACUCAUGUCGGCGAGCCCGUAGAGCGUGGCAUCUGGGGUGCACUACGAGCCGAGGGCGAGAGUGAAGACGAGGAGAGCGACGAAGAAGAGGAGGAAGAUGAAGAUGACGAGGAGGGAGGCGACGAAGACGCUAGCGGCAUCCAGACAUCGAUGACAACAGCAUCUGCCAUGCCAUCAGAGAUUGGAGGAGCAGAGAGCAUCGGUGGAGAGUUCCAGCUCCGGAAGCAGCGGAAGGGAAUCGAGACGGAAGAGCCGGGUGUACCACGCAGUGCUGGCACAGUGCUUCCUGAGAAGAACAUCUCGGCAACUGGUUUCUUUGGCGGCGAGCACGCUUAUGACCUGGAUGCGGCUAGGCGCGACGCACUUGGACACGCUCAAAGGAAGCGCAAGGCUGGAGACAUCGACGUGUCGGUUGAUGUCGACCAGUUGGCAGAUAGCGACAAGCUUGAUAAGGACGCACUGAAGAAAGAGUAUGAGUCAAGGCAAAGAGCCGAAGCGCAAGGCCAAUGGCAGAGUAUUGAUCAAGAUGACUUGGCGGACAUGAUCAACCAGGAGAGCAGGAAGCGCGCGAAGCGGGAGGACGAGCGUAAGACCAGGCGCUAGGUCUGUUUGAUCAAGAGUCCGCAAAGGACAUGUGUUUUGUACAAAAGAUUACGGAUUGCAUUUUUCAAGAGCUCUGUGAGCGAACAGGCGUC